AUGUGCUCAUGGUGUGACCAGGGGACACGAGGAGACUGCACCAGCUGGAACGCUGCACCAUCAGAGGAGGAAGCCCCAGUGUCCCGUGUCUCUCUUGGCUCUGCUAACCCUCUAGACAAAACCAGACUGAUACUGAGAGCACUGUAUAAGUGCCCCACCUAUGAUUGGAGGGAGGGACAGAAGCAGGAGACUGAGCUCUUACCAAACCUGUCUAUGGAAAUGUGGGCGAGAGCUAAGAUUUUCAAGCGGAGGAUUGAAAAAGGAGGAAACACAUCAAAAGGAAUUUAA